AUUCGCAAGUAAUCCAGUUUAAACAGUGCGGCUGAGUAACACAAUUUCCACCCUAGUUUUGUAAAAAUUUGCAACAAUGCUUAUCGUUGCACUAAUAUUUAAAUUUUGUGUGUUGUUAACACGGUCCGAGGAGCUUGAAAAUUCCGACUGUGUUGGAACUUUGCUCCGGCUCCAAAACCAGCCACUUCUACCUACAAACUGUUGCCUAACGAAGUUAUGUCCGUACAAGAAUAGCUCCGAACAUAUGAAGUCAGAAUUCUUUCACAAAUUAUGCGACGAGGAGGUUUAUUUGUCGAAAGAACAAUCCGACGGAUGCAUUUUUGAAAAUAAUCUAAACAGACGAGUAAACAACGACACAAAUUCCACGUCCAAUAAAGAAAAGUCAGCUAUCGCAAAUUGCAGUGCAAACUUUCAAACGGCAACAAUAAACGGCGAAACGGCAUUGAUAAAUUCCGGAAUUACGGGAGAAUCCAAAAAAAGAUCAGCGGGAAAAUCUAUUAGCCCCACGUUAGGGUCCCCUUGUGCUCAAGCGGCCAAUUCCCGAACACGCGAUAAGAAAAUUAGAUUUGAAAAUAUCACAGGGAUAUCUGCAAGAAUCUCUGGUUUGCAAUUCUUAGAUGUCCCCAAGGGAGACGAAAUGCGCAUCCAUAACCUUAGACUCGAAGAGGAGUACUUAUUAUUCGAAGUCUUCUCUAGCUUAAUGGGGUAUCUACAAUUGAGCGAAUUUCCUACAGAUCUCGUCCGCGAUGCCUUCCAGAAGCGGAUCCCCUUUCACCUACUGGCAUUCCAGCUCCUCAAGCUCGAGUUUGCAACCUUAUCAUGGAUUAUUUUUUGGACAGUUUUAACGCUGUGUAUUCCAUUCAUGUCUCUACUUUAUUUUUGUUGCACUAAACGCAACAUUCACCGACUGGCUGAGGACGCAUCUGAUAUUUCCUUAGAUUUCCGAGACAAAUGUGUAGAGCGAGUUUUAGCAACCCUUCUCAUUUUCUUCCUAACACUUGAACUUUUCCCGAUUGUUUUAAUUUUUCUGGGAAAUGAGCAGAUUUCCAGGCAAAUGUCCCAUUCGGAGAGCACGACUAAUCUGAUCUUCGACGAUUUGGACACUUUUUUGAGAAACACUCACAUGCAGAUGAGUUUCGUAGCGACUUCGUCCACUGAUGUGGCAAUCGAAGCAGUCAGGAGGGACUUGGAAGAUUUGGAGGAGUUGUUGGGGCGGAGGUUUCAACAGGAAUUGGCAGUUGAGACGGGGAUCGAUACGGCUCUGGAUGCUCUCGAUGACCUGAUAACUGCCACCGAUGAAGUUACUUCACUAGUCAGUGCUUUGCUCGAGGAAUGCCAUUUGGCAGAAGUGGCCAAGAAGUCGCUCCAGAACCGUCUGAGAGACAUUUCGAGACAAUUAACAAUCACAAGACAACAAUGCCGACCCAAAGACCGUCCUUUGUGUUAUACCUUGCAAUAUACAGGCCUUGAUGUCUCAUUCUCCUGCUCUAACUUAACGACGGAUUUGAAAAUCAAACAACUCGAAAAGGAGAAAAAGUUUGCGAAAAAUGUGGAAAAUGUUAGGGACGCUUUCCGGCUAGUUCCGGAGCGAGUUUCCACGGAGACGGCGUCCCACGUUGCAGAAAUUAAGAGCUUGUUGAGCAAGAGACGCAGCGAAGUCUACAAAUCGGCUCAUUCUUUAGACGAGUUAUCAAGAUCCUUGUCAAAUUCGAUUAGAGCUGCUCAGAGGGAGACGCUGCGAGGCGUCGGGACGGCUAACAGGUGGGAAUUAUGGCGGUGGUUAUCGGUCUUAGGAAUUUCGACAAUGGUAGCGCUGGUUUGGGGGAUAUUGUUGUGCGGGGCGCCCUGCGGAAGCACGACUUCCAGAAGUGUACCUUUGCUGGUAUCAGGCGUCAUCUUCACGUCUUUAAUAUGCUUGCUGGUGUGGGGGUUGGGAAUUUCGUCGUUUUUGCUCGGCUCUCACGGACAAUGUCUGCUAUGCCACCCCCUCUACGACCACAAGACCCUCGGUUUGGUCUUAAACCGCGGAGGCAUCCUCAAAGAGGGCCUCCUCAAAGCGCUGCAGCCCAACGACUCCCUGCACAUCGAAGACGUGCUCAAAAAUUGUCAAAGAAACCAACCCGCCUACACCACCUUUCACUUGCAAAACCGUCUCAACACCAACUCUGUGACAAAUUACAAGGCCUGGGACGACCUCACCAGGGUUAUUUCUAAUUUCACUAUCUCGACCAGUUCGCUGGAAGUUCUAAGUCCUUCGCUUCAAUUAAACCUUCAGUUUCUUGCGUCCAUUUCGGCGCUUAAUUUGACUCGAUACCGGGCGAAAAUUUCCGGAUCGUUGACUAAAAGAGACUUGAAUUCGUUUGCUGAUCAAUUAAACACAGUCGCGAGACAAUUAACAGACCCCACGAGUUCGAAAAGAAUCGACGAUUUGGCGAUCACGGUGAGGAAAAUCAUUCAUAAUGAAACGGCACGGCUGAAUCAAUUGAGAGAUGGGAUUCUUUAUAAAAUAACAGCCCUCGAGAUUCUCAUUCAGCCUUUGAGUCAGCAGGCCAACAGGUCCUUGGCGCAUCUGAGGGACAUUCAGCUGUUUCUGGAUACGCAAGGAGCGCUAAUUGCCGAGAGAAUUACAAAGCAAUUUCUGUUACGCUUAGAAAAUUACUUGGAGGAAUUAAGCAAUUACACAACAACAAAAGUGACAAAAGAGAUCGGUCGCUGCCGCCCGCUUUGGGAAAUUUUCCACUCGAUGCGUUUCUCCAUUUGUAAAUUAAUAGUGAAUCCAACAAACGGAAUUUCCGUGUCGUGCUUUCUUCUGAUUUUAUUGUUCUUGGGCACUGUACCCGUCGCAUUAAACUUAGUCGAACAUUACCGGGAGCUUAAUGAAGAACUAUUAACGUCUAUAACACAUAGACGCACCAGAGACGGGGCGAUGAUCGACGACGAGGGGCUGUGGGCCACCCCAUCCUCGGAAUCGCCCCCCGAUCAGAGCGAACCCUCCACUUGGAUGGCGGCCAGGCAAAGUACCGAGCCCCUGAUACCACCGCCCCCAAGGCAAGUAGUUUUUUCAGCACUUGAAAAAGACCGAAAUAAUUUCAGGGCUCCGAUUCCGUCGACUUCAAGAGCGCGCUCCCCCAAAAGGCUGGCUACAAUAGCGUCAAGGAUAUCAGCUGCUAGAGUGCCGCAGAUUCCCUCCGUAUCGAGAGCAAGGUCGCCGAAAAGAGGACGACAUGAGUCACUCAGACUAAUAGAGCCGAUUUGCUGGAAAUCAGGAUCGCUCUCGCCGAGAAGCUGGCUUUGAAAUGGCAUUUCACUUUUUUUUAGAAACUGACCUCAGAGACACAUUUGGCUAAAGUUUAAUUCGAACAUAAAUCACUUUUUAGGUUUAUAGUUCAUCCAAAUCAUCGCAAUAAUUUCACAAUGCAUUAAUUAAGAUUUUGUUUUACACAGUAAUUAAAUAUACUGAGACCGAAAUCAAUGAUUGUCGCAAUGCUGCCAUACAAAUGCAAUUUUGUGUUCAACAGUUAAUUUAUUUAUAAAGUAUCAAUUUGCGUAACAAAAAUAGAUUUAUUGUGAAUUGUAUUUUAAAUAAUAAUUAUAUCACCCUUGUGGCUAUUUAAACAAAUAAAAUUGUUGUAGUAAAUCUAAUUUUAUUUAUGUUUCAUUUUAUUUAUAUGUUCAAAAAGACCGGACUUAAUAC